GGGGGAUUGCUGGGCGCUCGGCGCUGCGCUCGGGCGGGCCUGUCAGGACGGUGUGGGGCUGCCAGGCCGGGCCGGUGAACGGUGCUUUCCGGUCCCUGUCCCGCUCCGGCUGUGGGUGCUGUGCUGUGAGGGGUGGAGGGAGAGCUUACCCCGUAGUUGCCAACCAGUGGGGCAGACAUGCUAAGAGCCAAGGAUGCUUUCCUGCGCCUGUGGCCCCACUGCUCCACAUGCCUGGCACAACUUCCAGCCUCCAUGCUUACCUGGCGUUUGCUGCAUGGGCAGCCGCUGCACCCCGAGUGGGCUGCCCUUGCGGAAAAGCAACUGAAGGGCAAGAAUCCAAAGGAUUUAAUUUGGCACACCCCAGAGGGGAUCGACAUCAAGCCCUUGUACUCCAAAAGGGACACAAAAGACCUCCCUGAGGAGCUGCCAGGGGUGAAACCUUUCACUCGAGGACCCUACCCAACCAUGUACACAUACAGGCCAUGGACUAUCCGUCAGUAUGCUGGCUUCAGUACUGUGGAGGAGAGCAACAAGUUCUACAAGGACAACAUUAAAGCUGGCCAGCAGGGAUUAUCUGUUGCUUUUGAUUUAGCCACCCACCGUGGUUAUGAUUCAGACAAUCCACGAGUUCGAGGAGACGUUGGAAUGGCUGGAGUUGCCAUUGAUACAGUGGAAGACACCAAAAUCCUUUUUGAUGGAAUUCCUUUAGAGAAAAUGUCCGUUUCUAUGACAAUGAACGGGGCAGUCAUUCCCGUGUUGGCAACAUUCAUUGUAACUGGAGAAGAACAGGGAGUGCCUCAGGCCAAGCUGACAGGGACAAUCCAAAAUGACAUCUUGAAGGAGUUCAUGGUCCGAAAUACGUACAUUUUCCCCCCAGAACCAUCCAUGCGGAUUAUUGCUGACAUAUUCCAGUACACCUCAAAGUAUAUGCCAAAAUUUAAUUCCAUUUCAAUCAGCGGAUACCAUAUGCAAGAGGCAGGAGCUGAUACCAUUCUGGAAUUAGCUUAUACUAUAGCAGAUGGCUUGGAGUACUGCAGAACUGGACUUAAAGCAGGCCUUACCAUUGAUGAAUUUGCACCAAGGCUCUCGUUCUUCUGGGGAAUUGGCAUGAACUUCUAUAUGGAAAUAGCUAAGCUGAGAGCUGGGAGACGGCUGUGGGCUCACUUAAUAGAGAAAAUGUUUAAGCCCAAGGAUCCCAAAUCUCUUCUACUGAGAGCUCAUUGUCAGACUUCGGGCUGGUCACUCACUGAGCAGGAUCCCUUUAACAAUGUUAUCCGUACUACAAUUGAAGCAAUGGCUGCAGUGUUUGGAGGUACACAGUCUUUGCAUACAAAUUCAUUUGAUGAAGCUUUGGGUUUGCCUACAGUGAAGAGUGCUCGCAUUGCUCGGAACACGCAGAUCAUAAUUCAAGAGGAGUCAGGUAUUCCUAAAGUGGCAGACCCCUGGGGGGGAUCUUACCUCAUGGAGUGCCUCACCAACGAUGUCUAUGAAGCUGCUUUAAAGCUUGUUGAGGAGAUAGAAGAAAUGGGUGGAAUGGCCAAAGCUGUUGCUGAGGGGAUUCCCAAACUUCGUAUUGAAGAGUGUGCAGCUCGAAGACAAGCCAGGAUUGACUCUGGGUCUGAAGUAAUUGUUGGAGUAAACAAGCAUCAGCUAGAAAAAGAGGAGACAGUCGAAGUUCUGGCUAUUGAUAAUACUUCAGUCCGUAGCAAGCAGAUCGAGAAGAUUAAUAAGGUGAAGGCUAGUAGAGAUCAAGCGGCAGCCCAGCAAUGUCUUGCUGCUCUAACACAGUGUGCUGCUACUGGGGAAGGGAACUUGCUUGCGCUUGCAGUGGAAGCAGCACGUGCAAGGUGCACCGUUGGAGAAAUAACAGAUGCAAUGAAGAAGGUGUUCGGGGAGCAUAAAGCCAGUGACCGAAUGGUGAGCGGAGCUUAUCGCCAGGAGUUUGGAGAGAGUGAUGAAAUUCUUCAUGCCAUCAAUAGAGUUAACAAAUUCAUGGAUCGUGAGGGACGCAGGCCUCGUAUACUUGUUGCAAAGAUGGGUCAAGAUGGCCAUGACAGAGGAGCUAAAGUUAUUGCUACAGGAUUUGCAGACAUUGGCUUUGACGUGGACAUAGGUCCCCUCUUCCAGACACCUCGAGAAGUGGCCCAGCAGGCAGUUGAUGCAGAUGUGCACUGUGUUGGUGUGAGCACACUUGCAGCAGGUCAUAAAACUCUUGUGCCUGAACUCAUCAAAGAACUCAAUGCCCUUGGCCGGCCAGACAUUCUUGUCAUAUGUGGAGGUGUCAUCCCACCUCAGGAUUACGACUUCCUGUAUGAAGCUGGUGUUACCAAUGUGUUCGGUCCAGGGACUCGUAUUCCAAAAGCAGCUGUCCAAGUGUUGGAUGAUAUUGAGAAGUGCCUAGAGAAGAGGCAGCAAUCUAUGUAACGCUGAAACAUCACACAACGCAACCAGCCUUAAGCUAAUCGCUCACAGAAUGUAAUCAUCAGCAAGGGAUGGCCAGCCACAUACCUUUGGCUCCACUGCCCCAGUGGCCUGGUGUUUUCUGCUUUCUAAGAAAGUUGUAAAUUCUCUGCUUGUUCUAUUUGAGGAUUAUUUAUAUAUGUACCCACAAGAAAAUUUUAUCUUUAGGAUUAUGACUUCAGGGAAUGAAGAGAAUUGAGUAGGUAGGUUUGGUUGGUUUGGGUUUUAUUUGCAGAUAUACUGAUAAAUAAAAUAUCCGUUCUGGC